UCUCCCAUGUCAGUCAUGGCUUCCUUCAGCAGUGUCCUGUGUGAAGAUCAGCUCCAGUGUCCCAUCUGUCUGGAUGUGUUCACUGAUCCAGUCACUACUCCAUGUGGACACAACUUCUGUAUGAUCUGUCUCAAAGAGUUCUGGGACAGCAGUUCACACAUCCAGUGUCCAGUUUGUAACAGUGAUUUUCCAAAACGACCUGAGUUAUGUGUGAAUACGUUCAUUUCUGCACUGGCUGCUCCAUUUAAGAAAUCAGUUCAGGUGAAAUCCAGCACCUCUACAGAAAAACCCACACAGUCACAGGUGUUCUGUGAGGCUUGCUGUGAUAAGAAAUGUACAGCUAUGAAGUCCUGCCUGAUCUGUAUGGCCUCUUAUUGCAAGACUCACCUGGAGCCUCAUGAGAGAGUUUCUUCAUUAAAGAAGCACAAACUGAUGGAGCCUGUGGAGAACCUGGAGGACUACAUCUGUCAGAAACAUGAGAGACCCCUGGAGCUGUUCUGUAGAGAUGACCAGAUGUGUGUGUGUCAGUUCUGUACUGAGGGAGAGCACAAAACUCACAACACUGUUCCUCUAGAAGAAGAGAGUGGAGAGAAGAAGAUUCAGUUGGGAAAGAAACAAGCAGAAGUUCAGCAGAUGAUCCAGGAGCGACUGAAGAAGAUUGAGGAAAUCAAACACUCUGUAAAUCUCAAUAAAAAAACCACAGAGAAGGAGAAAGCAGACGUUGUGGAGAUCUUCAGCAAUCUGAUGGGCUGCAUUGAGAGAAGCCAGGCUGAGCUGCUUAAGGUGAUGGAGGAGACACAGAAAGCAGCAGAGAGGCAGGCUGAAGAGUUCAUUAAAGAGCUGGAGCAGGAAAUCACUGAGCUAAAGAGGAGAAACACUGAACUGGAGCAGCUCUCACACACUGAGGAUCACCUCCACCUCCUACAGAUUUACCCGUCACUGUGCAGCCCUCCACACACCCAGGACUGGACUGAUGUCACAAUUAACACUCAAGUGAAUGUGGAGACUCUGAUUUCUCUGUCUCAUCUUCAAGAAACUCUCAGUGAGGAAAUGGAGAAGCUUUAUCAGAUCAAACUGAGGAGAAUUCAACAAUAUGCAGUGGAUGUGACUCUGGAUCCUGAUACAGCUCAUCCUGAUCUCAUCCUGUCUGAUGAUGGGAAACAAGUUACAUGUGGGGAAACAGACCAGAACCUCCCUGAUAAUCCAGAGAGGUUUGAUGAAUACAUUAAUGUGUUGGGAAAGGAGGGAUUCACCUCAGGGAGAUUUUACUAUGAGGUGCAGGUCAGUAAAACUGAUUGGGAUUUAGGAGUGGUCAGAGGGUCCAUUAACAGGAAAGGGGAGAUUACAGCCAUCCCUGCAAAUGGAUAUUGGUGUGUGGGUGUGAGUGACGACUGUGGAUAUGUGGCUAUAGACUCUCUUCCUGUGUUCCUCUCCUUAAAACAGGCUCCUCAGAAGGUGGGGGUGUUUGUGGAUUAUGAGGAGGGUCUGAUCUCCUUCUAUGAUGUUGAUGCAAAGUCUCAUAUCUACUCUUUCACUGGUCAGACUUUCACUGAGAAACUAUAUCCAUUUUUCAGCCCAUCUCAAUAUGAAGAAGGUCAAGAUUCAGCACCACUGAUCAUCUGUCCUGUUAAUCCAAUGUAA